AUGCCUAAUAUUAAUAUAGCAUUAUUAGCUAGUGAUGUUGAACUGUGUAGAAAAAAUUUAUUUGUAGAAAAGUGGAUGGAAAAUCUUACUCAAAUCUUUAGACGGUUAAUGGCAGAAUAUCUGAUGGAGUUUACUGUGGAUGAAAUAAACAUUGCACUCAAAGAAGCA